AUGAUUCUUACUAUCAAAAAGGCUGAUAAUGUAAUGGGAAACUAUCGAUACGCUAUGUUAGUGUUCACGUUGGGAUCCAUGAUCUAUUCUCUGGUAGAGAUCUUGGGGCAACCGGUUGCGCACAUGAAAGGAUCCAUGUUUGUUGUGUUUACGCAUAACACAUUUAUGAAUAUUUCUUAUUCGUUCGGAGAAUUACUUGCAAGUCUACAUUGUGUUUUAACUGGAGUUGUUGCUUCGCUUCUUUCGUGUCAGUUCAUAUAUCGAUACAUAGCUCUUUGCAAAAGUUAUUUACUCGUCCACUUAAAAGGAGUAAAUCUUCUGUUAAUAUUAACUCCAGUGUUGUUCUCAUUGUUUGAAGAACUCAUGACAUGUUUUCACAUGAAUUCUACAACGACUUCUUUCAUCGGACCAAUGUACUGGUCAGGUGGAGAUGAUGGGGAAAUUCACCUGAAGCCGAAGGAGAUUGCUGCUUCCUUUUCAUGCUCCACAGUUUUGGUGGCAAGUUUUUUGAUUAUCCUGUUCUGUGCUUUGAGCAUUUUUUCAAAAUUGAAGAGUACCAUCCACGAUUUCAGUCCGAAAGCAUUAGAUGUUAACAGGCAAAUAUUCAAGAUGCUAUGCAUGCAGACAAUUAUUCCGAUGAUCACAAUGUAUACACCCGUAGCAUUAUUCGUAUUGCUUCCAAUGAUUGGAAAAGACAUACCGUAUCUCGGAAAUCUGACAAGUAGCAGUUUGGCUGUCUACCCCUUAAAGGCUAUUAUAGGUGAAGACUUGUGCUACGAAAAAUUAUAUUGA